UAAAACCCAAACACUUCAUCUCAGGAAGAUUUCACCGGGCAGCUCGUCCCCUUUUACUGUGAAGAUGCCAGCUGUGACCCGGGAUAAGGAGGACUCUGAAUCCUCCUCAGAAGACGAGCAAGACGACCAUCCUUGCAUCGCGUGGAGCGGCCUUAGCAAGACCAUCCCAGUUCUCUUGUUCGUCCCUGAAGCAGUUGUUUCAAAAGAUGGGAAUAUCUGCUGUGUUGGAGAGCGAUACAAUAUGGCCUUCAAAAUUGUGCGCACAGAGAGCCGUCUGGUACGAGGAAUACUCACCAAUCAUGGAUUCCAUGAGGUUCACCCAAACAGUAAUGACUUUAACCUCAUGUGGACCGGAUCUCACCUCAAGCCUUACCUACUACGAAGCCUUCAAGACUUCCAGAAGGUCAACCACUUCCCCAGGUCCUAUGAAUUGACGAGAAAAGACCGUCUCUAUAAAAACAUCCAGCGAAUGCAGCAGACUCAUGGCUUCAAAAACUUCCAUAUCGUUCCUCAGACCUUUGUGCUUCCGUCUGAGUACCAGGAAUUCUGCAAUUGUUUUGCCAAGGACAAGGGCCCAUGGAUUAUUAAACCAGUAGCAUCUUCGAGAGGACGAGGCAUCUACUUGGUCAGCAAUAUUUCAAUGGAUGAAAACAUCUUGGUGUCUCGUUACAUUAAUAACCCACUACUGAUAGAUGAGUUCAAGUUUGACGUACGGUUGUACGUGCUGGUAACGUCAUACGACCCACUCAUUGUCUAUGUGUAUGAGGAAGGCCUAGCAAGGUUUGCCACAGUAAAGUAUGACCGGACUUCCAAGAACAUUAAGAACACAUUCAUGCAUCUCACCAACUACAGUGUGAACAAAAAGAGCAGCGAUUAUGUCAGCUGCGAUGACCCUGAAGUUGAGGAUUAUGGGAACAAGUGGAGUAUGAGUGCAGUGUUGAGGUAUUUGAAGCAGGAGGGGAAGGACACCACAUUGCUGAUGAGACAAAUAGAAGAUCUCAUCGUCAAAGCUGUUCUGAGUGCUGAGCUACAGAUAGCCACCGCCUGCAAGAUGUUUGUUCCCCACAAGACAAACUGCUUUGAGCUGUAUGGUUUUGAUGUGCUCAUUGACUCCAACCUCAAACCGUGGUUGUUAGAGGUGAACCUUUCUCCCUCUCUGGCUUGCGAUGCGCCCUUGGAUCUGAAGAUAAAGGCCAGCAUGAUUGCAGACAUGUUUUCGCUUGUGGGCUUUGUGUGUCAGGACCCCCUGUCGAGACAGCCACGCUCUGACCGAGUCACCCUGGACCCAAGCCUGAAACACCCAGCAGCCCCAAGAACACAGAAACCUUUCUCUGCACCGACCACUGCACACAGCAGAGUGCGACAGAGGCCUUCAUCAGCCAGUAACACAGAAACAGAGGCAUCAAAAGACCAACAAGGUGCUAAACAAGGCCAAGGAGACAGCACCCUGAGCCUGACAGCUGAGGAGAUCAAAGUUCUGAGGAAAAUAAAGGAGGAAUAUGAGAGACGAGGAGGCUUCAUUAGGAUCUUUCCCACUGCAGAAACAUGGGAGCUCUAUGGUGGAUAUCUGGAGUCCAAGACAUCAAUGAACUACAUGUUGGCAAACAGACUUUUCCAUGGAAGGAAUGUGAAUGGGAAUGUGCAGCUGCAGGUGGACGCCGUCCAUGGCUGUCACGUUGUCCAGUAUGAGAGGAAGCUGCUGUCUCUUGAGGCACGUAAGAGGAGACAGCGCCACCUGACUCAUCGCUCUGCUGCAGGGAAGAAAAAAUCGGGGAAGGAAUCCAAGGCCUCCCCGACUGAGAGCAGCAGUCAAGAGGGAGAGGAGUGCGCUCAGGAGGAAAGAGAGGAGGUGAAACAAGUUCUCAAGCCAGUCUCACACAAGGAUUUGGUAGCAGAGCAGAGAAAACAAGUGGCCACACCACUGGAGUGCUGCCACGGCGAGGCUCUGUCCAGCUCAGAGGCAGCCACGCACAAUGCCAGGCCCAGAGUCAACCUGCUCAACAUCCUUCAGCAGGGCUGGGACCUCAGUAAGGUGCAGGCCCGGAUGGCCUUUUCCUCAUACCUGCAGCGAGUCCAGCAAAGACUGUUAGCAGAGAGCAGAGCCAACACUAAUCCAACUUGGCCAGAGAAGGAUGACGACCAAAUGGAGCUGGUGAUUCGCUUCUUGAAAAGAGCAGCCAGUAACCUUCAACAAGACAUUAAGGUGGUCUUGCCCAGUCGCCAGUUACCACUUCAAGACCGCAGACGCAUCCUGUCCCACCAGUUAGGAGAGUUUAUCCACUGUUACAACAAGGAAACUGAACAUAUGGUGAAAAAACAGGAGAAUAGCAAAGAGGAACAUUGUGUUAACCCCAGUGUAUUUCAGGAGUACAUCACUGCAGCAAGUGAAAACGAUCUGGAGGAAGUACUGACAUUCUACACACAGAAAAAUAAAUCAGCCACCGUCUUCCUAGGAACAAAAGUCAGGAGUGUUAAGAAAGACGUUCAUGAAAUUAAUGCCUCAGGACAUUCAGGCGACUAUGAGAAUUCCAAAACUCUGCCUGUGGCCAAAGAGGAUUCCAGCGCUUCAGAGUCCUCGCUCUCCACAGGGAAAGUCAGCAGUGACCCAGACAUCAAGGCCGCUGAGAUUCAACCUCCUGUACGUGCGCUGUCUGAAGAACAACAGGCAGCGGUUGGAACUGGUAAAACCCAGCCAGAUGUCCAGGCGUCUCAGCACUGCUCCAGCUUUCCUCUGACUUUAGACUGCACACAUAUCCAUCUGCAGCACUGCUCUCCUGCUCCAGCAUCCCUGCCUCUUCACUGUCCGCCACCGCCGCCACCUCCUCAGCCGCCGUCCUAUGCGCAGUCCUUGGCAAAGUCUCAGUUCUGCCAUUCUGAGCCUCUUUUUGACCCUCCUGCGUACACCUCUGCCCCUGUAGUCACACAACCCCCGAGAGCGAUUCGGACAGCUGUUUCCUCCGGCUCCAACACAAUCUCAACCGGGCAACAACCCCAGGUGCUCAGGAGGAUUCAGUCCUUUACCUCAUCCACAUCCGGCUCUGGGGCACCCUCCUCCAUCCCAAAUGCCACGCACAUCUAUAGCCAGAAGCUCUCUAGACCCACAUCUGCAGGCCAAGUUAACAGGAGGAGCAGUUCCAGUAAGCUGAAGUCAAACUCAGUGGGGGCCUUUAAGGAGUUAAACUCCCUGUCUGCCCAGGCCCAGUCGAACCAGCACGCCUUCAUUUCAGCCCUGCAGAAGCUGGCUGACAAGCAGGUUGCUCGCCACUACGCCAGCUCCGGUCACAUCAACCUGCUAACACAACACCUGACCAGUCUGAACCUGGCCAACAGGAUGCUGAGCAGAGAGUGCUUCACGCUGAACCCUAAGCUGCGGCAUACCGCUGCUACGACCCAAGGGCCCGUGAAAGCUGUUCACUCUGGAACAGAUCUACUUAGCAGCACUGGCCACAGGCCACUGAAGGAAGAGGACUGUGUUUGGGAUGGACAGAUGCAGAAUGCCUAUAGCUUGGUGACAGGGGUGAACCCCCAGCAGCGCUACCAGCCCACCCAAGGAAGCUACCAGCUUCAGUUUGCUAUCCAGCAACUACAACAGCAGAAACUUCAGUCCCGACAACUGCUGGACCAGAGCCAUUGCAGGCACCAGGCUCAGUUUCCAGACCAGACAAGUCCUCCACACACCCAGGCUCCCACAAACUCAUCCAGCUGCCCUCCAUCCAGCUUUCAUGUUCGCCCCAAUCACAGCCAUGGCCACGGCCACAUCCAGACCUAUGUUAGCCCUGUUCUCGCCCCAAAGCCACCCACCAGUGCUCGAGAGGGACAGAUGAGGAAAACGGCAACAAAACGCCUCAUCAAGCAGGCGUCCUCAGAGAGCUCAGCCAGUGGAGCCGUGUCCAGCGGCCAGCAUACGGUCUACGAAGCCAUCUGCGGUAAAACAGGUCUUUCUGUGUACCGCAAGCUGUUCCAGGGCCAGGAGCCCAGUCACAGAUGACAUGAAGGUGACC